CAACUUGUCGAUAUGACGAACUAUAUUCAAGGUAGAAGUGAUCGGUAUUAUGUUAACCGUCAGCAUGAUAGUAGCAAAGAUAUAGCUGGACUAACGCAGCAGAAGACUGAAGAUGGAGGCUACAUCAAGGGACAACUUGAGAAAACAAAACAAAAUAACCAAACCCUAAAUAAAAGAAAUGAAAUAUCUAAAAUACUCGCAAAGAAAAAGGAAGAAAAGAAAAUUUCUGCUGUUGUUAGUGUACCUAAUAUGCACUGUCAAAACAUGGACGAACCGAAUGAUCAGCAUAAAGGACCUUCUACCAUUUGGACACCAGAUAGAACAUCACCAGUUAAAGUUAUUCUUACAGAAACUGAAGCCCAGUUGUUAAGAAAUCAGACAGAAACAUUUGAUAAGUUCGAGGAACAAUUGAAACUGCAUGAAAGUGAGCAUUUUAUGGAACAGGUUGUUGCUAUUUCACCAAUUUUUGAACGGAAACCAAAUGUAAUUGAUGAUUUGUUCAAUACUCCUGGAGAGAUACCUGAGUGGUUAGAAGAUGAUGAAGAAAUUCCAAAGGAAGAAGAAGUUUGGAAAAACAUGACUGAACAUUCCACACCUAUAAAGCAGUCUAAUACAGCAGAAAAUGAACAAACAUCAAACAAUAACUACGUUUCAGUGGAAAAGUGCAACAAUAUGGAUCAGCAUAUGUCUUCAUACGAUCCCAUUUCCGCAGAUCCAGCAAUAAUACAUUGUAGUAAGAGGCCUGACUAUGUUGAGACAACAAAUGUUAAUAUUGCUAGUACAAUGAAGAAAGAAUAUGAAACUUCAGUCUAUACUAUUAAUCAACAGAGAAACGUAAUGCAACCACCGAUGAGUCAGAACCAAAUUUCUUCUGACUAUCUGCGCAACCCGACAGAGCCUAUGAUACAAGAAAGUGAUAUGGACAGGGAAAGCAAGGAUCCUUCCAUGAAUCCAAUCUGUGCAGAAAAACAAACAGCUGUUAUAAAACCGCUUGGUCUGUUAUCAGGUUCUCCUAUACCAGCGACUAAUUGUGUCUUUGGUCAGAAACUGCUGGAAAAUGCAUGUCGCUUGGAGGACGCAAUCGACAGCGACGACAGUUUCCUGUAUCCCGGAGAUUUGGCAGGGGAAGCUUACGAGGCAGACGAUGAACACCAAACCAGACAUGAAUCUGAGGAUGAAGCGUUUUAUUUUCCGAGCUUUCACGAAGACACAAUGCUAUCUGCUCACUAUAAUAAGGAGGAUGUUUCAAUAUCUCAUCGUAUUCAGCAGCUACAACUAGAACAGAUAAACAACUACUAUAGUCAAUGUAAAGAUCGUAUUACAGAUGCUGCAUCCAUGGACCAGUCAAAGUUCUUGUAUUAUGCGCAGUCCGCAGGAAUGGAUAGAGACCGCAUCCAGCAACAUUUACAAGGAACAGUUGAAACAGAACAAAGACAAGUACAUAAAGAACGAACUAAUCGCCCAGUCUUGCCAGUAAAACAAGAACCUACAAUUAGUAAGGUCGAGAAGAACCAGAUCCAAGAGAGCAUUGAGCAGAGUAAUGCCAGACAUAUGAAUCAGGCAAACAUGCAAGACCAGGGAGAGUGUCAAAAGAAUGAAUUGCCACUCCCUAAUGUUCACCAAAUGCCUGCCAUGGUCCAAAAUGGCCAUCCACAAGGGAAUGCGCCGCCGCAUAGCAAUGUUCCACAAGGCGUGAUUCAACAACCAGUUCCACAGUUGCCGCUCUUGCAGUUUGGAGUGAUUGUACCAUUUCCUCCGCCGCCAUUACACCCAGCAAAUAUCCGGAACAUUCAGUCACAGCAGGCUGCAAUGUCGUCCACGGUAAGGAACAAAAUUCAGGAAAUCUUACAGUCGAUGUUCAAGUCGAAAGUGAAGAGUGUGCGAUGGAGGAACGAAUUAUCAAGAAUCAGGAACCUCCCUCCAGAGAAACUGAAGGUCAUCGGAAAGAUUAUGAUACCACGAGAUGAUAGUGAUGUAGUUUAUAUAGGAUAUCACUGUAGCGGUGUGACUGUCCUUGGUUACCUGUCUGACGGAAGUGAGGUUGCGGUGAAGAUAAUGGACAGUAGGUUCCGACCUCUCAAACAAGAUGAAACUGACAAGUUACUGAGUGUAGACAGUUCCCAGCUAUUUAUCAACAGAUAUAGGGCGAUAGAAGAGAAUAAUGGGUACUGUUACAUUGCAAUGGACCUGUACGAAUAUUCCUUGCCAGAAUAUCUACAGAUUAUCUCACAAAACAAGAACAUAGAUAAGAAAAUUGCCAUAGAGAAACUUAUCUUCCAGCUGCUGAGGGGGAUACUGACUUUGCACCAACAUUAUCUCAUUGUCCAUGGUGAACUAAGGCCCGGGAACAUAGUGAUAGACAUCGAUGGGAACUUGAAAGUGACAGGUUAUGGAAUAGGUAGAAACACAGCCAGGGAUUCCCAAAGAUACGCGGAGUACAACGACGAGGAUAAAUGUUGGCUUGCACCGGAAGUACUGCUUCAUAGACAGACGAUCGUGUUUAAAACGGAUAUCUGGUCGAUUGGAAUGCUAAUUUACUACAUCUACAAGGAUGGCAAGAAUCCUUUUGGCAGCGAAACAAGGGAGAUAAUCCAGAACAUUGCGGAGCAGAGGUACAUGAUGGAAUACAUCAGCGAGGAGGCAGGACAUCUACUGAGCAUGAUGCUGUCGGUAAACAAGAUAGACAGACCUGCAAUUGCUGAUGCUCUAAAACAUCCUAUGUUCUGGGCAGAGGAACAGAAAAUACGAUUCAUAUCAAUAGUUGGAUCUGACAUUGUCCGGGAGAUGAAACAUAACUAUAUGACCGAUAAAAAACAACGCGAAAAUUCCAUGACAGCAAUUGUUUCUAUGGCGCCAUGCAACAUUACACUAAUCAGAUGGAUCCAAGCCAUUGAGCCAACUGUAAUGAAAGAAAUGAAGACUUUCAGACCAUACAAGAACAGCAUUGUUGAGCUCGUUGUUUUCGUGUAUAACUGCUGCAACCACUUUGAGACACUAUCUCCAAAAGUGAAAGAGAUCAUAGAUGAACCAUGCACUUAUUUCUUGACAAAGUUCCCAACACUAUUCAUGACGGUGUACCGAGUUAUCAAAUUUUCCAACAGGAGGGAUAAGACGUGCUACAAACCUUUCUUCUAAACAGGCCAUCACGAGAUUUUCGUGCUUAUUUGGACGCUACUUAAUUUUGAAAUCAUAUCAUUGUGUGACUGCUUUUAAUGUUUAGAUUUUUGGAGUAAUUUUUCAGUUAUUAAGUAUUUCGUAAUUUUGAAAACUACAUCCUUUUUAAUGAAGUAGAUUUUUUAUAAGGCCUUAUCACUCUUUUGAUAUUAUAUUUAGAUAUGUAUAUUAAAUUAAGUUUUCUUUUUAAACAACCUUAUCUUAUAACGGUUUUAGAUAAAAACUUUGACCAUUUUUUAAAAAUGUGUUGUUCUUUUUUAAGACGUAUUUUUUAACGAAGGAUUUGCUACUUUUAGUAGCUGUUACUGUGAUAUUGUUGCAUAUUACAUAACUUAUUUUUAUCAUCUGCGUAAUUGUUGCAUUUGAUUUCUGAUAUUUAUAGAAUAAAGAAUCGAUAAAUCAAACUUA